AUGCUUUGGGCCUUCUCCAUCUGGCUGGAAGCUGUCGCCAUCCUUCCCCAGUUGUUCAUGCUCCAGAGAACCGGCGAGGCAGAGACCAUCACCACCCACUAUCUGUUCGCUCUUGGUGCUUACAGAGCCCUCUAUAUCCCCAACUGGAUCUACCGCUGGAUCACCGAGAGCCACUUCGAGCCUAUCUCGGUCAUCGCAGGUCUUGUUCAGACCAUUUUGUACUCCGACUUUUUCUACAUCUACUACACCAAGUACGCUGUGAUCACCCACUGCCUUGAAAGCCUCCGCUAA